CUUUUCAGACUUGUAGCUAUCCGGUAUCUGCAAAGUACACUUGCGGAAAACAUCCACCAUGUGUUCCGCAUUCUCCCUAAAGCUAUCGAAGACAGUGACGACGAGGUGAGACGAAUCAUGGUUGAUAUGUGCCCAAGCUUACUCGCUGUUGAAGAAUACGCUGCAGAUACCGUGAAAGAACUCCAGGAAUGGACUGAAGAUGCUGAAAUUGGUGCGGCUGUCCGCGUCGUGCUCGGCGAACCAGCAGCUGAUCGACCUGAUCCCGUUGAGCAUAUCCUUGCGGAUAUGAUGAAUGCACUGCGAGUGAACAUUAAUGAUACUAUUGACUGUUACUAG